AAACAAAUAAUACAUCCUGGACAAAUAGACAUUGUGAACAAGGCAUUUUCUCCAAGUGAAGAAAAAUUCAAAUGGGCAUCAGAUGUUGUGACUGCUUUUGAAGAGCAAGAAAAACAAGGAAAGGUCAGUGGAAUAGAUGAUCCAAGGAAAUACCUUGGCAUAAUGUCAUGAGCAGUGUUGGUGUGUGCCAGAAAGCCAAAGAAAAACAAAGAGUAUGACUGAAGAACAGUAAAGACCAACUCUAGCAGUCCAUUUUAAAGAGAUGUUCUAUUUAAAGGGAGUCUAAGAAAAUGUCUGAAGAAUAGCAGAAACCAAGUUUAGGUGUCCUGUUUUAGGGAGGUGUCCACUAUAUAUAGAGUCAAAGAAAAUGACUGAAGAACAACAGAAACCAACCCUAGGUGUCCUGUUUUAGGGAGGUGUCCACUAUAUAGAGAGUCAAAGAAAAUGACUGAAGAACAACAAAAACCAACUCUAGGUGUCCCGUUUUAGGGAGGUGUCCACCAUAUAUAGAGUUAAAGAAUAUGACUGAACAACAACAGGGACCAAACCUAAGUGUCCAUUUUAGGGAGGUGUCCGCCUUGUAGAGAGUCAAAGAAAAUGACUGAAGAACUUCAGGGACUAACUCUUGGUGUCCGUUUUAGGGAGGUGUCCACCUUAUAGAGGGGCAAAGAAAAUGAUUGAAGAACAAUAAGGAUCAACUCUUGGUGUCUGUUUUAGGGAAACAGGGACCAACUAGGUGUCUGUCUAGGGAGUGCCUGCCUUAUAGAGCUAGCUGUCCUUUAAGAGAGAUUUGACUUAAUUUUCAUCUGUUUCUGCCAACAGGGAGCUAUAGAUUUCCAUGGUUAUAUGAUUGAUAUGCCAACUGUUCAACAGGCAAGAAAUGUACUUCGUUUGGCAGAGGCAACAGGAUCCAGCAAGUAA